CUUUAAAAAAGCCACUUGAAAAAAUGCAUGUGUACACAUUAUUCCACUAAAUGCUUCUUCAAUUUCUAAAAAUUUGAAUAAAAAUCAAACCAAACCAAACCAAACCAAACCAAACCAAACGAGUGCCUACAUGUAAUCUCACAUCAGAUUCACUAAAUAACUAACUUCUGUUUUGUCCUAUCCAUCUAUCUUCCUAUCCUCUUUCUUUUCUUCUACAACAAACUGCUGUAAAUGCAAGACUCAUAAAAUUAAUUUGUACGACCAAAUUUUUAAUCACUAAACAUGAGUUUAGCAGAGAUGGAAUCAAUGGCAUCAAUGAUCGGAGUAUCGAUUCCGGUACUCCGUUUCUUGCUCUGUUUCCUUGCCACAAUUCCAGUUAGUUUUCUUCAUCGAUUUGUUCCUUGUGUUAGUGGUAGGCAUUUCUAUGCUGCCCUCUCUGGUGCUGUUUUGUCUUACGUUUCGUUUGGAUUUUCCUCAAAUUUUCAUUUUUUGGUGCCCAUGAUUUUGGGUUAUGGUUCCAUGGUUUUGUGUCGGGCUUAUUGUGGGAUCAUCACAUUCUUCCUUGCAUUUGGAUAUCUUAUUGGAUGUCAUGUUUACUACAUGAGUGGGGAUGCAUGGAAAAAGGGUGGAAUGGAUGCUACGGGAGCUCUAAUGGUGAUUUCGCUGAAAAUAAUUUCAAGUGUGAUCAAUUACCAAGAUGGAUUACUGAAGGAGGAAGAUUUGCGUGAGGCUCAGACGAAAAAUCGUUUGCUCAAGUUGCCAUCAUUACUUGAGUACUUUGGUUACUGUCUCUGUUGUGGAAGUCAUUUUGCUGGUCCAGUUUAUGAAAUGAAGGAUUACCUUGAAUGGACAGAGAGAAAUGGUAUCUGGAAACCUUCAGAGAAAGGACAACCGCCGCCUUUUUGUGCAGCGUUAAGGGCUUUUCUUCAAGCUGCUAUGUGUAUGGGAUUGUACAUCUAUCUGGUACCUCUUUUCCCAAUUACUAAGUUCGUGGAUCCAGUCUACCAAGAAUGGGGUUUCUGGACGCGGUUGGGUUACCAAUAUAUGGCUAGUUUUACUGCACGGUGUAAAUAUUAUUUCAUAUGGUCAAUCUCAGAAGCAGCUAUCAUCAUAUCUGGAUUCGGUUUCAGUGGUUGGGCAGACAUGACUAAUCCACCAAAACCGCAAUGGAACCGUGCUGUAAAUGUUGACAUAUUAGGUCUUGAGCUCUCAACGAGCGCAGUUCAGAUACCUCUUGUAUGGAACAUUCAAGUUAGCACCUGGCUUAGGCACUAUGUAUAUGAGAGGCUUAUACAGAAGGGAAGGAAGCCUACUUUUGCCCAGUUGCUGAUCACACAGGCUGUUAGUGCUGUAUGGCAUGGGUUAUAUCCUGGCUACAUUAUAUUCUUUGUUCAGUCUGCUUUGAUGAUUGCUGGAUCAAGAGACAUUUACAGAUGGCAGCAAGCUACAAGUAGUGGUCAGUUUCAGAAGAUGCUUGUUUUCAUGAACUUUGUAUAUACACUGCUGGUACUCAACUACUCAGCUGUUGGAUUCAUGGUACUAAGCCUGCAUGAAACCCUUACUUCUUAUGGAAGUGUAUACUAUAUUGGAACCAUUGUACCAAUUCUAGUGAUCCUGCUUGGUAAAGUGACUCAGCCAGCAAAACCUGUAAGAUCUAGAGCGAAAAAAGAAGAAUGAGUCAGAAUCUAGCUUUUUUGGAAAUUUGAACUUACAGUUCUUGGUGGAAGAGUACUAGCAUUGUUCUUCUCACUACUCUAUUUAUUAUUUUUGGAUUUGUAUAAAUCAUCAGAUUUGAUUGUUGUAGAGUAGUUAGUUUAGCUGUUGGAGCUUGAUUUGGUCUAUUUCUUGACGGAGUCAGAAUUUUCAUUAAAAGGGUUAAGAUAAAGAAGUAAACACACGAACUAGCCUGACUGCCAAAGGGAGUUAACUUCAAUUAUAUAUACAUUAAAAAAAAAAAAAAAUUUAAUCAUGUAUCAGUGGUGUAAUUUUCCACUGAACCCCUGACCAUGGCCUCAGAUGAAUAGGCCCAACUUCUUAGAUAGGCCCAAUUAUGUCUUUCAGCAAUACUGUACAUAUAAUUGGGUGGGAUGACAUGUUUUUGGACCGAUUGUUAGUAGUAUUUAGUAACUGUAAUUGAGAAAUAAACACUGUUUAAAUAAAAGGGUAACUUGUAUAAAUUCUGAAUU